AGGCAGCAAAAUCCAACGCUUUCAGUUCAGCAUUUAUUUUUUUAAUAUUUUAUUUCACCCCCACCAAGCCAACGACAUUCAAUCCGUACCGUCCAAUCCCUCCAUCAGCAGCAGCAGAUUCAGCCCAGGGAAAAAGAAUAAAAAAGAAAAGAAAAAAACAAAGAGGGAAUUGUCUCCCUCUUCCCCUCCUCUCCACUCUCCCCUUUUAAAAGCCAAACCCGAGUACGAGUAACACCUUCAAAGAAGGAUUGCUGCUCGUAUUGUAGAGAGAGAGAGAGAGAAUUUUUGGGAAAGAAUGUCUGGAGGGAUUGCUCGUGGACGACUCACGGAGGAACGCAAAGCCUGGCGGAAAAAUCAUCCCCAUGGUUUUGUGGCUAAACCAGAGACCCUGCCUGAUGGUACUGUGAAUUUGAUGGUGUGGCAUUGCACUAUCCCUGGUAAGCCCGGGACUGAUUGGGAGGGUGGUUAUUAUCCGCUCACAAUGCACUUUAGUGAAGAUUAUCCAAGCAAACCACCAAAGUGUAAAUUCCCACAAGGCUUUUUCCACCCUAAUGUGUACCCAUCAGGAACUGUUUGUCUGUCAAUCCUCAAUGAAGAUAGUGGGUGGCGCCCAGCAAUUACAGUGAAGCAAAUUUUGGUUGGCAUCCAGGAUUUGCUGGUUCAGCCAAAUGCUUCUGAUCCAGCACAAACUGAGGGAUACCAUCUUUUCAUCCAGGAUUCAGUUGAAUACAACAAGAGGGUUCGAAGCCAGGCCAAGCAGUAUCCACCUCUCGUCUGAAUACAAAUUUCUUCAGUUUUCUGAUUGUUGUUUAGGUCUCAGGCAAAGUUCUUUGUGAAAAAGUAUUUUAUCUGGACAAAAGACUAUUGCAUACCACAGUGGAUUGCAAGGCAAUGUUGGUGUGUGUUUUAGCGAUAAAUAGCUGAACCUGCAUAGUGCGUUGAGAUCACGGUCUGGGCUAAACGAGUUGCUUUAAAGUUAUGUAGUUCUUCCUACUGUGAAAAAUGGUAGCAGAUAGCUGAUUGUGUUGGGGUGGUGUCUUUUAAGUUGUAAAAUUACAUUUGCACUAAUUUUUGCUUAUUCAUUUCAUCUGCAUGCUAAUAUCUUGUACUUAGACUUUGGUGUCAAUCCAAUAGGCCAAGUCAGACAAUCCCAACUCUGCUAGGGAAUUAA